AUGAGCUUGAAAGGGAAGAUGACGGUUCUUGGCUUUACUCAGGGCAUCGAACUAAAGAACUGUUCAAACAACAUUUGGUGUGACUCAGCCAGCGACUACAACGGUAAGAACAGCAAAGAAUUUGCCCCCUCCGAGGGGCAAUCAAUCAAUCAAUCAAACUUUAUUUUGUCACGGUUUGUCAUGGUAAUUCCAUCAGGCAAUAAAAGAAACAAAUGACAGUUACAUAAUAAUUAUUGAUAAGUACUAUAAGUACUAUAAAAUAUAAAUACUAAGCUCUAUAAAUUUAACGAAAAAUACUUACUUACAAUGCUUUACAUGGAUGCCGUUAGACUGCAAAACAGUCCGUAUUUUUGCGUAUUCAAGUACGCGAGAGCAUUCAAACAAAAGGUCUGGAACGAGACUGAAAACAGAGACGGGCGUGUGAGGCUCGCGCGCUUUUACGCCACGCUUUACCGAUUUCUUUACUGAUUUUGAGACAAAAACCGACUGUUUUGCAGUCUAGGAUGCCGUGAGAUAGUUAGAGAAAUUGUAGCAGUGUAGUUUUGCUUUAAAUGAGCUGAGGGUUCCUGCCUGGCGAAGAUCAAGAGGAAGACUGUUCCAUAAUUGCAUAUAUCAGCAGCAGCUAGUAAGAAGUCCUUAACUCUUUCAGUGCAAAUGUCGACGUCCUCUUCUAAAAAAGCACAAUUCCACGGAAAAUACACUCAAUAAUUCAUUCAUUUCAUCAGAGCUAUCAUUUGCCCAUACAGAUCUAGUUAAGGGUAGCGUAUUUGCUGAAAUAUAUAUAUAUAAAGAAAUAUAAAAACGCCAUUGCGCUGUGUUGAAGGCUGUAUUAAUUUCAACAUCUUUCUUGCAAUUAAAUGAAUCGAUUGUUUGAAGAAAAUGAAUCCGUUAGUCGUUGCUGCAACUAGUAUCAAAAUCAAAUCUGCGCACCUGCGUGGGUCAUGAGCAAUAAACUUUUUUAGAAUAACUUCUUUGUCUUUGGUCAGAUUAAAAAUCUUUGAAUCGAUAAAAUUUCUUCUAUCAAAGACAUUUGCAUCAAAUUCAAGGAGACUGAGCUUGUAGAAACUUCAUAUUAACUACCUCGCGUGUAAAUUCACUGCUCAUUACGCGUGCAGGAAUGCAGAGAUGAAUCUGAAAUCUAGUACUACUAACGGAUUCAACUUUCGAAUAAUAAAUUCAUUAAUGGAAUCUUGCGAGGGUAGGCUUGACCUGGCUGGACUGUUAAUUCUUAUUUUCCGAUGAGGAUCCCCAAACUUCUCACAUGGGAGUCAGAUCACCUCCUUUAUUUCAGGAGAACAGUUUCAGUUUCAGUUUAUUUAUUUGCCAGGAGAACAAAUUAUGUAUACAGACAUUCAAUACAGUACAAAAAUGUUAGUUAAAGAUUAAAGAGACCUAAAAUAUACGUAAAAUAAUUAAAAGUAUAAUUCGGGCGAGGAAGCUCAUUCAAAUUAAAACCUUAACUCUUAUCCUUCUUUUUCAGGGUGCAAGCUUCUUAACGUGACGGGCUUUGUUACUUCAUGUUCGCUUCAUUGUACCACACCGGACACCAGUGGAGAGCAAGAACUGGGUAGGUCAUUUUUUUUUUCUUUUUUAAUGUUAACCACGAUUUAGUUUGAAAGUUGAAGCCGAAAUUUUUUGUACUCGUGUUAAUGAGUUUGAAACAAGAGUCUUGACUCAAUGAAUCAUAUUGCGAGGAAAACGUAAUAUUCCCUUAUUGAAGUCUCAAACGUUGUUUCUUUAACCUUUUAACAGAAUUUCCUAACUAGACAGUGAAUAUCGGUGUCUUAAAAGAAGCAUUAGUGUAUCCCAGUCUCCCCCGAUGUUUAUCGUCCGGGUGCGCUACCACAUCCGCAGAAAAACCUAACAUGCAAUAUAGCGCGCAGACUCAUACGCCUGGUAAUGCACCUAGAGUAAAUACGUACGGAGAACGUGAACGAGCGCAAAGCGCAAGAAAAAAAUAGGAAAAAAAAAAAGGAAAGGAAAAAAAAGAAAGAAACGUCCAUUUAGUCCUUACCCCACCUUCACCCCCUCACGCUUUCGGUCAAUAAAUCCACCACGACUUUUAUUUUCUAAAGUGCGCUCAUGAUCUCUAUAGAGAUAAAUUACAAGGGCUGUCGCUGAACAGGCAAAAACGCACCGUGUUUUAGUCGUGGCCUCUUCUCAUCUUUGCACCAUUUGCUUUUGAUGUUAUUUUACGAAUUUUCUACUCUCUUGGAUCAAAAAGCCAACAAUAAACACUCUGUUUACCACUGGCUUGCUGCAAGAACUAAUAACAACCCAGUAAAGAAUUUUUUUGUGCUUUAAUUUCCAAGGCGAUUAAAUAAGGGGAAAGGGAGGGUGAAAAUAUCUUACGAAAGUGGCGGAGACACUCUUCGUCUGGUUUCUUAGCGUAAAUAUACGAAGAACACACGAAGAAAUCUUCAUAACGAAAUGUAUCAUGAAUUAAACGAUUUAGGAGCUGACCAACAACUUAACAAAGCUGAUGUAGUGGGAGCCUGGUGAUGUAGUUUGAGGCUGCACAAGCAUUCUUUUCUUUUCAUGUGUUCGAUAAGAGUGUUAUUUUCAUUUCAAUUGCGUUUGCGAAAUAUAUUUUUCUCUAAACCAUCCAACCCCGCUCUAAAAAGGUAAAUGGAAAGCUCCUAAAAUUAAGCAGUGAUUUGAAGAUUUCUUUGUCAUGGCUUUAGUGUAUAAGUUCAAAGUUAUUCACUGGUCAUUAACUUUUAUUAGAAGUAUAUAAAUGGAAGCUUUGUUGUAAGUCUAAAUUUCUUUGGCACACCCGUUCUGCUGAUCAUGAGGUUGGCAGGCUCAUGUGUGACGUCAAGAGACUUAAAAUCAGGAACUGAAAACCUGAAUGCAUGCUUAUCCCUUUCUUAGGGUCGCCAGUUUUCUUGCAUCUAAAUGAAACGCAUCUUAUUGGCAUGUUAAACCGUAACAGUUCUGUCAGUUUUUGAAUUGUAAGAAAUAUUUCUAGAACUCCACACUCUUUGACCCUCUUCACUUGUUCACUUGUUCCUUAAUUUACAUCAUCAAGAGAUUAUGGGCUUUUUUUUUUGACGUCAGAACUCCUUUGUUUCUGAGGGGCUUCUGAGAGAAAACAAAGACGAAUGCAGUACCAAAAUGGCGGCAAGUUUGAAAAUUUCAAAAAAAAAACUGUAAAAAAACUCACAUUGUGUUAAUGGAAGAAAACAAAAAAUCGCAGAGGUUCUCAUAGCAGUCAGUGUGUACUUUCAAUCAAAAGUAAUAAUAUUAAUGAUAUUAAUAAUAAUAAUGAUAAUAAUAAUAAUAAUAAUGAUGAUGAUGAUGAUUAGAAUAUGGGUAAUUGAAAAACCAGUGAAUCCUAACUCACCGGUCUUCAAAUUUGAACAAACCACCAUUUCAGAAUUAAGAGCAUCCAUGGAAAAUGUUGGUAAAACUCCAUUAGAAUUAGGCUUAAUUUCUCAUUCUUGCUAUAUGAACAUUUAUACCUAUGAUACUCCAUCCAAGAGAAUGUUUUUGACAGAAAAGGACCCCCUUUUGAAUGUCUCACAUUGAACAAUGGUACAUCCUUCAUAUGCCUACUUAAGAGCGACUGUCUGUAAAUAUCAACCAAAAUCGACUUUUUGUGGCACAAGUUCAAAAUUCGAAUUUCGCUCAUUUUUAACUCGUCGAUAACCCUUAAUGAGUAAUGAAACAUGCUGUUGUUAGUUUUCCCAAAUAACGUGCUGUUUUUUUUGCUAAAAUUCGUGAAAACUCAUUUCAUGUCAUUUUGCCCGUUCGGAGCUUAUUUCCACUUCCGGUAAAGCGAAAUUUUACAUAAAUUUAAUUGACUCGUACGUCAAACCACAACGAUUUGUCAGCCUUUGAAAAACACGAAUAGUUUUUAUGAUCCGUUUUUUCUUAUAAGACAGUAAAUUUGUGAAAGCUGUAAUAAUUUUGUGGCCAAAAGGGUAAUAUGAUUUUUACCGUUCAAAAUUAUAGGGAUAAAAAAUGCAAAAUUUUACAACGCGCUAUAACUUAGAAUUUUGCAAAUUGACUUUCUACGGCUUAACUAGGCCCCAAUCGACCAGAAAAUUGAAGCAAAUCUCUGGGCAAACGAUUUUAAGUAGCCCGCAAGACCUCGAGUUCAACCCUAAUGUUGCGAAAAAUCGCGACAUUCCCGUCACGCCAGCAGUGGCUCCUGGCAGUGUUAUCAACAGAUACACUUUAAACAUUCUAUUCAACGUUGAUCACAUGCCAAAUUCCAGCAUACAAUCUAUAUUACAUCGUUCAAUACACUUAUCUUAUUUAGAAUGAUCAUUUUGUUUGGAUACAAUAUAUAGUGCAGAAUUGCCCAAAAGUCGGCUUUUUUGAGCGACGUCGGCAAAACGUCGACGACAGAGCCCAACGAGAACAGACUUUAAACCAGUACAUUGAUGUGUUUUAUUAAUUUAAGCAUCCGUCAAAAGGCAUAUAUACGUUAAAUUUAAGACGGAGACAACCAAUAUUAACUAAGAACACUUCACUUUCUUUUUUCUUGCGAGUUUUCUCUUUCAAGUAAUUAUGUAUAAGGUCUAUAAGUAUACAUGUACGUUUCGAUGUAUUACUAUCACGCUUAUAAAGGUACUUUGUAACGAACGUUUUGGAAAAUAUUUUAACUCGUUUCGAUCGACGAUGAAACACCAUCAUCAAAAGCAAAUUGCCAAAAACUUUCCUCUACAGCAAAACGGAAAACAGACAAAAAAAGUGGCGUUUUACUAAUGCUAAAGCGGGAAUAGUUGCAGCGUGAGUAUGAGCUUUUAAAAUGUCAAAUGCUCCUAAAUGGACAUCUAUAGAUCCCUUGCAGCAGCAUUGGAGCAAACUCUCUGGCCCACUAUGAGCUAGCCUGUUCCAGGCGUAGUGGACAGUGGACAGUGGACAGUGGCGCCAAAUCGAGAACGGAGGAAAACAAAAGUGGAAGGGAUUAAGAGGGAGAGAGUAGGAGGAGGAAAAGAGGUUCUUUCUCCCACUCUCCCCUACCCCGCCCCUCCACCAUUUUUUGUAGCUCACUUUUCUUUCCGUUUUUCCAACUAUUUGAAGGCCUGUUACAGGUUAACUACGUGCAUUUCUUUAUUUUUAGCUUUUUAUGGUAUAUAUUCAACUUGAGCGUCGAGCGCUUUUGGCUCUUAAUUAUUGAUCAGUAGGAGCGGAUGUGGUAGUACUAACUUUUCAACUGCUUUUAGACUGCGAAACUGUCAAUUUUUUUUUCUUGGUUUCUUUCUUUUAUUUUUUUGUUCGCCAGUUUCUAUCUUAUUUUUUAGACGUAUUUUUCGCUUCCAGCCCCAGUCUCACUCACUCUCCCACCCAUUUGUUUGCUGUAAUACUGAACUGCAGAUAACAUGUUAAAGGACUGAAAGUUCCUUUCAACAUAAUACUAAACCUAAGAAGAAUCUUGUAACGAACGACUUGGAACACUUAAAAAGGAAAGACAGACUUGAGGACUUUCCUGAUCCUCCGUAGCCUUAGUCCAUGAAACUUAGACGCCCAUGGUACCCUCUAAAAUGUAUUUCCCCAUGCUAUAUAUACUACGGAUAAGCCCCUUGGAUUGCACUCAUUGAAAGUUUCGGUAGUGGUUAUGCAGCUGAGGCCUUUUUUUUUUUAAAUCGAUAUUUAUCUAGGGGCAUACAAUUUAGCAGAGCUAGUUUAAAUGGAGGCCUGACACAACACAAAUGACAAAGACAUUAAAACAUUAAAACUAGAAAAUUAACUGUGUUACAAAGGCAACAUGUACCGCGGGCCUUCCUAUUUAAAAUGGCGCUUUAGUUGGAUUUUACAUUCACUGAACAUCUCUACUCGUCUAAUGAUUGGUAGGGCGUUGUAGGUCCGAGCACCGUUUAUUCUGAAGCUACAUUGGUAUUUAGUAGUUUUUGCGAAGGGAGGGGGCAGCAAAUCUCGGCUUCUGGUGUUAUAGCCAUGGAAAAGGUGCGUGUGCCUAAACUCUGAAAGUAAGUAUGAAGGCGCUAUGCCGUGAAGAUACUUAUGGACUAAGACGCAUUUGCGAUAAUUUCUGCGCCCUGCUUGUAGGCUGGGCCAGCCAAGUGUUGAUUGUAACUCCUCAGCCUCGAUAGAUCGACCCUCAAUAAUACAUGCGGCGCGUCUAUUUAGUUUAUCUAGAUAAGCUUUGCUCCCAACCCCACAACUGUACUAGAUAGACGAACAGUUAUCGAACAAUGGCAAGACUAUAGUAUUGUAGAGCGUUUGACAAGUUGGCUUGGGAAGAAACUUACGCGCUCGACGCAGAAUACCUUCAAAUCCUGACUCUAUUUAAGACAAAAACCAUUCAUUUAAUUUUCCUGUUUUGUGAGACAAAAGACCAAUUUUGAUGACCCUUCUAGUCCAUUUUUAUUUUUCAUGGAAAAGAAACAAGAUUCACUUAUUAGAUUUUUUAAAAGUUCACGGUUGGUACCGCACAUGUAGACGGCUCACCGCCAAUGUCUACGCCCUGUUUAAGGCCUUUCGUCUACAAAAAUACCAUGUUCAAGACCAUUACUUGGAAUUGUAUAACCUGUUUAAGAAUCAAGGCCUCCAAAACCUUACAGUAGUGUUUGUCACAAAACUGAAUUAGACUGAGAGCCUUAGUCUGCUUUACCGUAGUACCGUGUAGACCUCCGGAAGAAUUGUUUGCUGCCAGCCCCCAAAAGCCAAAGAGACUUCGCCUGCCGCUGGUCAAUAGAGAGGCUAUUCCAAAGAACUGCUUCAGAAAAGCUAUUUUUCUUAACAUCUGUCUGGGGAUUGAGGAAUAGCGAGUUUACUGUUGGUGUCUGUUAAAGAGUAAUUGGAGAUAUUGCAACGAUCUUCCAUUGCUACUAUCUACUAUGCAUAUAACAAGGCCCCUCAAGGUACCUAAGAUAUAUAACGCAUAGUCUGCAAUACACCCGCCUCUCUCUGCGCUUUGACGAAAUGUCUCUAGCGGCAGAUAGUGAUGAGAAGAAGCUGUAACGCAGGCCUUUGACACAAGGCUUUUUUACUAUUUUCAUGGGUAAACCGGUCGCUUCACGGUUUGGGCAAAUGGUGAACAGAAUUCAGGACUGAUGAAUUUUGAUUCCGUUCGGUAAUCGCGUUUACCAUUUGCCUAAGUCAGUUUCGUUUAACGAAAAUAGGCCGCGAAAGCGUGAAACUAAUAUUCAAAAAAGGUUUGAAGACAUGAUAUCCGAAUUUCCGCCUGUAAUUUUCCAACCAGGAAAACAGGAAUGCUUUUUCAGACGUUCCGUUUGUUUCAGGGAUUUUCCACUGAAACGUAAAAAAACAAUUACACGAAACUGAGUUUAUAAUGGUGAGCCCGGCAAAGCACCAAAAUGUCGACCUCUUAGUUUGUUUUAAUGGCUCAUAUAUAGAGUCAUUUAUAAAAUAACUAAGAUAGUACGUGCGCUCUGAUUGGCUGAGAGGCGUGUUUGCAGGAGAGUAUGUAAACAUGGUUGUGACAUCAAGAUGUUUUGCUUUUCGCGCGCUAAUCACACAAGCACUAACUUGAAAAAGGUUUUGAGUUGAAAACCUCGACAAGUUUACUUUAUUCACCCAUUUCCUCGCCGGCUGAAACUUGGAAAAUUUUUAGAAACAUGCUGUGUCAUUUUUUUUUCGCUUGAGCUGACAUUUUAAGCAAGAAAAAAAACCGUAUUUUGGAAAGCAUCUGUUUUGCAAAACAAGGACUGAUUACGCGUACAAGCUUCGUGUACAAGACUUCGCGACUGGUAAGAAUUUGUCUAUUAAUCAGUGCUCUAAACAAGAGAGUUUUGCUUUUUUUCUGGGGAAAGUUAUUUUAUAAAAGCAAUAGAAAACUUUUUUUCCUGUGUUUGCAUAUCCUGAUAUAAACACUCGAGGGGUUGGGGAAUUCGAGACAGUUAUGCAAACCCGAGACGAAGUCGAGGGUUUGCAUAACUUUAUAUCAGGCUAUGCAAACACGGAAAACGUUUUCUAUUGCUUCAUCAGUAGCUUCAUGAUUCAUACACGUUAUCAUACACGUUGGCAUCCACGUACUAGUGAGUAGCUUUUUUUCAGUUUUGAGAUCCCGCAAGGAUAAAAACUUCGAAAAGAACUAUACACCAAUACUUAGUCGAAAAUAUUUAAUUGCUUCAAGGAAAUUAGUUUUUAUAAACCAAAUGGCAUUGUUUGGCGAUGAUUUAAUACGUAAAUAUCCCGCAAUGCAAAAAUUCAUUCAGUAAACAGAUUUUUGUCUGUUUAUAUAACAUUUUUUGAGGGAAAUCGAGUUAGUCUGAAAGCUGAACGUGAAAGUGUGUGACGCUAUUUCGGUCAGUCUCUAUAUGUUGUCUAUGAAGGAAAUGCUGCAAUCAAUAAGAAUAAUCGGUUUACUGAAGAUUUAAUUUCGAAUUGGCUUUUAAUCUGCCUUGAAGUAAAUUGUUUAAAGCGUAUCUAUCGGUAACACUGGCGUGACGGGUCGUGUCACGCUAUUUUUAACCACUGGAAUGUCCCGAUUCUUCGCAAAAUUAGGGUUGAACUCGUGGUCUUGCAGGCUACUUAAAAUCGUUUGCCCAGAGAUUUGUUUCAAUUUUUCUGAUAGAUUGGGGCCUAGUAAUGCCGUAGAGAGUCAAUUUGCGAAAUUCUAAGUUAUAGCACGUGGUUAAAAAUUGCAUUAUUCUAUCCCCAUAAUUUUGAACGGUAAAAAUUGCCAUUAGGGCCUAUUUUUAACAAUACCUUUUUGGCCACAAAAAGUUUCCAGCUUUCACAAAUGUAUCGUUUUAUAAGUUAGAAAGGGUCAUUAAAACUAUUCGUGUUCUUCAAAGACUGCCAAAUCGUUGUUUGUGUAAAAUUUCGCUUUACCGGAAGUGGAUUUUGAGCUCCGAACGGGCAAAAUGAGUUUUCUUGAAUUUUAACAAAAGAACACGAUAGUUAGGAAAACUAACUACAGCAUGUUUCAUUACUCGUCAAGAGUUAUCGAUGAGCCAACAAUGAGCGAAAUCAAAUUUUGAGUUUUUGCCGACCGUGGGUCGAUAUUUACGGAAAGCCGCUCUUAAUAAGUCAUAGUAAAUCGCUAAAGUAGGAUGUCUUCAUGACAUUUUAAUGUAAGGUUUUUAAAUAAUUAAAAAUGAUAUAGAAAUAAGGCUCGCUUUUUCAAAGCAUUUUAAUAAAGGACAUUUUAAAUUACUUAAAGACAGUUUUUCCUACCCUUCCGUAAAUUUCAACUCGUAAAUUCCCUACUGUUUGACGUACCUGAAGCCUGAUAAGGUACCACAGUGUAAUCCACUUUGUGUUAAAUAAAACGGUCAAAGGUCGUCAAAGUCUUCAAAAGUGAGUAUUUUAUUUCCUUUUAAGUUGCCUUACUUCAUUUCUCUGCUCUCCGGAGUUAAAUUACGUGCAUCGACUUUCCACCCUGGCUGGACAGCGAACGGACGCCCUUCUUUCCUCAUUGACACGCGCGGCGAGCGAAAAGGAGGAGAGAUUGGGCAGAGAGAGGAAAAAUGACUUCUUAUUACUGCCCCCACAGGGAAGCUACCUAUUUUUGUCUUGAAAACGUCUGAAAACUCGAUUUGUCGGGAAGUUUGCUUCGCUGUUUGUCAGCAUCCUAUGCAGCGAAAUGAAAUGGCAGCCAAAAUUUUAUCCGAGAACCAUGUUGUGACUGCUAAGAAAGUGAAAGUCUAUGAUUCUUUCUGAGCACGCUUUAAAACAGCACACAUUGUUAAAAGGAAAUGGCGAUAAACUUGUUAUAGAGUUUCUUAGCACCCUCCUGGUUAGACAUUCGUCAGGAUUCGUGAGUGUUAUGUAUGAGGAAGAAGUCGAAAAAAGGGACGCGGACGCGAGUGCGAGGGAUAGUUUGAUAUUUUCGGCUGCAAUGCAGCCGGUAAGAUUCUCAUUUGCUUAUCAUGUCAGUUGUAAAGUUAAGUAUGUUGGGAACGUAGCGAAAGUUAAAGUGAGGAUUCGAGGGAAUUACAAUGUUCUUUCAUGUGUUUCGCAGUACUGCCGUUCCAUGAGCCCAACCAGUUAUCAGUUAUGGAUCGCUGUGGUUCACGAACACAAUCGAUGAAAUCUUGUCAAGAGGAGACAAUUUGUUUCAAAGCGCCCGAGACAAUCAACUCAGCAAAAUCGUCUUUUUUUAGCAGAUAACCUUCCUAUUGUAGUUCAUUACUUUUUCUAACGAGGGGAAUGAAGCAGCAAGGUGAACAAACUGAAUUACAAUUGAGGUCAUAAUUUGCCUUGGCAAAGAGGCGAAUGAAACAAGCGAAUUGCUUACCGAGGUGAGCAAACUGAAUUAAGAAUUUCCUGUUCAUUAAAAAUACUUUUUCUGUAUUGAUCUCAUGAAGUAAAAUAAUGACUACAACAGAAACAAAUUCAGUGAAACAAAUUCAGUGACAAUUCACUAAAUCGAAGACGCUUUAAGCCUUUUCCAAUAUUUCACUGUAUACGUAAGUCUUUAUUGUGUAUCUGUCAAUAACAAUCCAACCUAAUUUUUCAGUAUGCAUUUUUUAUACAACCUUUCAUUAUACAUACGGAUAAAAUAACAUUGAGACUGAUAUAUUGAUGUAUGUUCAUUAUUGAUUAAAAUCUUUUGGCAUUCAUUGCUUGCAGAAUGUCCUGUGUUUUCAUUUGAAAAUAAAUCUAAGAAUAAGCAGGUUUCGAAUUAUAGUCAAUAUAAAGAUGAAGAUAAAACAAGCUUAAAAUUUACAACAGAACUCAACUUCAAAAUUAUAUUGUAUUUUAUACAUCAUCAAUUUACUCUCUCCUUUUUCUAAUCCUACUAUCUUGAAGACCCUGUGAUAUCCACAACUGAGAUAUAUUAAUUACCACCUGUCCAACCCCUUGAUCUUUCUACAUGCGGCAGCACUUCACCUCAAAUAUGGAACCCCUGGUUUUAUCUCAUUUUUGUCUUUGCUCGGGCUUCCGCCCUCGUUCCUAGCGGCUUCGCUGCUCGCCCCCACGCGUGCUCUCGAUCUCCGUGACUCAAAAGAAAAAUAAGAGACUGCUCGCAGUCUGCAGGCCAGCAAGACUCCGAUAACAUCAAAAACACUAGUUCUACUCUCACAAGGGGCCAAGCUCCCAGUUUCUAUUCCUUUACAAAUCUAGCAAACAAAGGCACGUAAUUUAUUGCUGACUUUUUACAUGAACGCCAUGGCUAGUGUGUUUCGCCAACAGAACAUUUGCCUUGAUGGGCUUAAGGAACCAGAGCAAUCGUGACAGCUUAAACUUGUUGUUGUUGCAUGUCUUAUAGGGUUUUUUUGGAAGUGCUCCCCCCCCCGCCCUUUCAUUCUAUUCUUGCGUUUUGCGCAAUCUUUGUUUUUUAAAAGGACCAGAGUCGUCAACAUUGGAUAUUUUAUUUCAUUUUACUACAUUUUUCUGCUCUCCAGAGUUAAAUUUCGUACAGAUUAAAUGCAGUUUCCCACCCACCAGGCCAACAAGACUCCGGUAACACCAAGGGGCCAAGCUCCCGGGGCCAACCUAUCGAGUUUCAAACGAGUUUCGUCCUAUGUCUGUAAAAAUUUAGCUAACGGUAUUUCACGACAAAAGUAAUUUAUUGCUCACUUUUUACAUGACGCCAUUGUUAGAGUCUUUCUCCAGCGGAACUUCCUUGAACAUGCAACCAGACUGAACCGUGACAGCUUGAAAACUUUUUCUGCCUUGUGGUGAGAUUAAAAGUGCCGUCAUUUAUUUUGUUACAUGAUAGUGCUCCUUGUUACGUAUAAAUAAUUUGGCAAUCCUAAUCUUCAAGUCUUAACAGGCAGGUUGUCUCACAGUCGGUCAGACGUCGAUCCCGCCGCAAAGCGAGCAUCAAACGUUAACUAUGGUAGCAAAUUUUGUUUUUGCCUGCUUCCUGAUCCUUCGCAUAUCAUCUGUUGGUGAGUAAGGAUUAAUAGCAGGAUAAUAAUUUUUGUCUGACCGUGGAUUUGAGCCAUUUUAUAAGGAAAGAAAGCUUUACAGAAAAUAACACAAAAAAAGGCGACAGAAGGGCGUCGUUCGCCUUUGAUCCCACUGACGCAAGCUUUUGAUAUUCCAGCCGGAAUCGAAUCUAACUUAAUAAGUCAAAUAAGAGGGAACUAAUGUAUUAGUUUAAUAUUUUAGAGUUACAGAAAAGCGUACCAAAAAACUCGUUGCGAGAUCUAGUUUAAUGGAUCGUCUUAAGCAUAACAGGAAUCAUAAGUCCCGGGGGGCGGGGGUACUCCCCCAAAAAAGUGACGAGGGUGCUCGUCGUACCUUUUAGGGGUUUAAAAAUUUGUGGAUUGGUACCGCUUAGGGUACUAAAACCUAAAAUGACUGUUGAUAUGCUUUAUUAGGAGAAAUAUUUCUGACAGUAUUUUCAAAAAGUCCUCGAGAAGAAAGUGUCCGAAAGUUAUCUUUACUACUAUGAAAAUUUACAGUGCCAGUUAUUAUAAUUUGUUGUUGUUGAAUUGGUACCUCUUAGGGGUGAAAAUGAAUUUGGGACACGCCCAUAAAACAAGAUUCUGGUACCUUUUAGAAUUGUUCUCGAAAUGUUUCGACGAGCACCCUCGUCAUUUUUAUAGGGGAGUACCCCCCCCCCGGGUCAUACGUUACUACUGCGCCUUAAGUCCGGUUUUUUUGCUACCUUUUUCACAUGUCGACAAAGGGUCUCAGUCCGUCGGUUACCAUGUCCAAGUCAUUGUUAGAGUCAGUUGCGAGGCUACGCAAUGAAUAUAGCUGCAUUUUCGCAAUCGAAGGAAAGAUUAACCCGGAGAAAAACAAAACGAUGUUACGUUACAAAGUGAAAAUGUAGAUAGGUUUAAGAGCGCGUAUUGUUGUAGCUGGAUCCUGACCAACUUAAAUUAGAAAGGUAAAUAAAGAAGAUAAGGGGUAAAGGGAGUGGGGUGGGUAGGGGAGUUAUCGUACUUCUUGUUUGGAGUACAUUGUAGAUUGUCGUGUUCCUAGAACCCCGAGGAGGUACUCCCUUAUAUAUAUAGCUGGACAGAGAACGUUACGAACGUUGCGAACUUUUAGUUUAUCUUCAUUUUCGAUUCAUUUCUCUUUUAGCCCCUGACGAAGGUUUGUUUUCUAACCGAAAUAUUGGGCUAAUUUGUUUGGUUGUUUUAUUCUUUUGUUUACUUCUUCAUCGCCUUGCCGUGAGGAUCAGUUUGCCGUUUUAUAUUUUCUACAAACCGUACCAAUCUAGGUUUACAACUAAGAGAUCCAGCAUCACUCAACGGUUUAAAUUGUCGCUGUGGACUAGUUUAUAUUAUGUUUUUUAUCUUCGCGCCAGUCUGUUCUAAACAGAGUAUAUCAUUUACCUGGAAUUUCGUGCGAGUCUGUUCUUAUUACUAUUAUUUUCCAACCAAGAGAUUCUCUCUUGUUUCCAACUGUACGUUUCUUGACACAUUCCGCGCGCUAGUCUGACGUCACAUAGAAACACGCGACAGCGUCGGGUCGCUUGUGCAAAUGAGCAGGGGACACCACAGUCAUUAGAACGAGGGAGGUCGGAGGGAAGAUAAAAAGCUAGCAAAUAGUUCUAUAUAUCGCUAGUUUUAUCAUAAGUGUGUAGCUUCGUUGUUGGUUUUAUCUGGUUUUGUUAACCGUCAAUUCGUUCAUAAGGUAUUCCGUCUGUUUCUCCAAACCCCCCUCCAAACCUGACCCUAUUCCAGAUUGAAACAUUCCAUUUUUCCAUACCCGUAUUCGGUCCUGGCUAAUAAAAGUUGUACUCGGUAUCAUACUACUUAUAGUAAAGAAAUGUUUGUUAAGUAGUAUUUGAAAAUGAAAGUUCUUAUUCAUUUUGAGAUGAAGAGUCCAUACCUGAUUUCAGAUCAAAACGGCUCAAAAUCCCUAACCUUUGGCCGGGGUGGCACAUACCCCGGCAUAUAGCCAUUUCAGGCGUGUUCCACCCCUCCUCGUGCCCCAGGCAUAUGUUCGGCCGCCCUGGGCUUUCUUCUUAUUUUUCAAAAAUCUUGAAAGUUUGAUGUUUUCAAAUCCUGCUUGACGAUGAUAUCUCAUAUUUGUUUACGCAGCUUCGUCUCUCAAGUGUCAAGCUUGUGGCCCUGGUGACGUCCCUUGUGAUGGUUCCAAUGUAAGGAGCAUCAAGUGUGAUGAUUUUGCAGAUCGCUGUAUGACAGUCAAGGUGACCACGAAUAUUCCAAAUCUUGGACCAUACACCUCUGUGAUGAAAAACUGUUCGCAUUCUACGGUGAUCUGUAAAGAGAGUGGCGAUGGUUAUCGUAAGUAUAGCUAGCAGCUGUCAUAUUAAUUUUUCCUGGAUUAUAUAAAAAAUGUCACGUUCGUUCUGACCUCACAGGAUUAUAUAAUUGAUUACAGAUGUCCCUUGGUAUGAAAUUAAUUACUUUAAGCCAUUUGCGCGCUCUCAUCCGUGCAUCAAAAUCCGCAAAUUUUGAGAAAACCGAACAAUGAAUACCGUGAAUAACACUAAAAUUGACUAAACGUUACCUAGCUUGAACAUGAAAGCAGUUGCUCGCGAAAGAGAUUCAUCUUUUAAUCAUAGGUGUGGCUAGAUUCACCCAUGAAAUCGCAAUCAAACAAACUCAUUUUGUACUGUAAAACAGUGGAGAGGAGAAUUUAGCGAGCAUGGAACAACACAUUUGUGACCUCAUUACACGUGCGUGAAAUAUUUUGAUAAAAGUCCAUGGAAGUGAGGGGGGUACUCCCUAAAAUGGCCUAUACUUGGAGGCUCCCCCGGGAAAGGGCACCAUUUUUAGGCCUCAGGUAAAUGUAAGAGUAAAGAUUUCGUCUGUGGAGGUAUAUGAAAGGAUAGGAAAAUCUGUCAUUUCACUCUUUGAAAAAACCCAGAAGGGCUAACAGAUGCAUUUUAUAGUUGUAAAAAAGUUGGAAACACGUUUUGGUUUUGACGUUUAUUCAUAUUUUAAAGGACAGUUUAAGGGGGUACACGGUUCUAAACUAGGUAUGUGAAAAGGGGUGCCAUUUUCAAUAGAGGGUACACGAAUGGAGUGCUUUUCUGUCAAAUAUGGUUUAUAAUAGGAUGAGGGGUUGCGCCUCAGGACCUAAGGACGGGGCCUCCCCUUAUAAAACUUUUGUUGAGUACCCCUCCCCCCGGGGGGAUAAAGGCUACACGCAUAAUUUUCUAGGCGGUUGUGGGAGCAAUAGGGAUUGAUAGGACGAUGAUUUUGAUUUUAGCUACAGUCGUCUUUGUUAGGGGUAAAAAUUGCUGUUUUUGGUCUCACUUAAGGAGUUCAAGACGGAAAGCUGAUAUUUUUUGUACAAACAACCAAACGCCGUCAAACUGUUUUCAAUACAGCAUUGAUUUCUGACAACCCUAAAGCAAUUUUGAUUACUUUUAAAGUUCUUAAUUUGUUCCGAGAUAUGGUUUCCUGUUUUGUUAUAGUCAUUUUUAGGCGCCAAUUGAAAUCUGAACCACGCCCAUACUUAAUCUUAAAACGAAUUUUCCGUCGAGCUUUUCCGAUCCUUCCAUAGAAUAAUCACCUCCCCCCUGGUUGGGGGGGUUACGGCCUCUUGCCUUGUUUCAUUUCCAUCAAAACUCAAAUUAUUGUGUUUCUUUGCAGCUUGCCGAAAGAGUCUUUUGCCAGAUGGGGCUAAUUGUACUGUCACAUGUUGUAAGGGCGACAUGUGUAAUCAGCUAUCUUCUGAACAGGCCCCAACAAAGCCGUCAACAGCUGAGCCAGUAACUAAAGGUACUGUUGUUUUAGAACUCAAUUAAGUGGUCAUUAGAGACCUUUAGAUUCUAAGUUUAGGGCGACUACGAAGACGAAAUUUUCUCAAUAGCAAGUAGUGCGCCCCUUGUGCGCCCCCGUGAACCAGCGUCAUUUUGGCGGGGUUGUCCUUGUGCAAACGUUUUUGGAGUGUCCCGCGGUUCAAACCCUGACACUAUUUCGGAGUUAGACAUGUUUCUUUUUCAUAUACCCAUUUUGAGACCUGCGCUCCAAAAACCAAACCACUUGGUUUACAACAACAAUAAUUUAUUUAUUAACAAAAGAUAACGUUUUACAAUAUUGGAUACCCAGCAAAUAGCUAUUAAACUAAUCUAGGCGGGACAAGACAAGACAAAGGCGAUAUUUUACACAUAUCACAAAUAGAAAAGAAAUCUAAUAACAAGCAAAACGAAACACUAGAAGCUUUCGCUAUUUUAAAGUUACACGUAAAUUUGAAGACGUUAGUACAGUGAUUUGUUUUUUGAACUAGAUUUAAAUUACAACCAGAAGUGUAUAUACAACAAAUUAUCAGGUUAACUUCAUGAAAUAUCCUGGUAACAUUCACAUAACUAUCUUCUUGCUACUCGGUUUGCCAACCCAUUGCUUUUUGAAGUAUUAUCAUUCAAUAAUAUUUGACACUGAAAAUUAUUAUUCAUUUGGAGCUAAAAAACAUUACCCGAUUCCAGAUAAAAGCAGCUCCAACAAUCACCUACAUAGCUCUUUGAGGGUGUAGCACCCACCCUACCCCCGAUCUGGUCUUGGAGCAACUUUUAUCCAUUUAAAAUUGAUUAGAGCCUUAUUGUUAUCCUGAAAAUUUUAGAAGCUAUUACUGUAACUAUACCCUAAAGCAAUUGCAUUUGACGAUGUGGUAUAUUUUUUUACACAGCUUCCUCGCUCAAAUGCCAAGCUUGUGGCCCUGAUGACGUUCCUUGCGAUGGGUCUAAUGCAAGAAGCAUCGAAUGUGAUACAUAUGCAGAUCGCUGUAUGACAGUCACGAUGACCACGAAUAUUCCAAAUCUUGGACCAUACACCACUGUGGUGAAAAACUGCUCGCAUUCUACGAUGAUUUGUAAAGAGAGUGGCGUUGCGUAUCGUAAGUAAAGCAGCUGACACAUUUUGGGACUUUUGUUAAAUUUAGCCUGCGUGGCAGGCGCAAAAAAGGGAAGGGGGCGAGGGAAAAGGAAAGGGGGAGGGGAAAGGGGAAGGGGAAGGGGUAAAGGAAAGGGGAGGGGAAAAGGGAGGGGGAAAGUAAGGGGGAGGGGGAAAAGGGAAAUAGGAAGGGAGCCCCUGAUAUAAGAGCCCGUGUUUUUGUAUUCCUCCCACCAAUCAACUGUCAAUACGUGGCCAGCAUGCUCCAAACUAUUACUUUGUUAACGGGAAACUGUGAAGUCAAGACGCUUUUUUCAAAUGAAAUCAUAAUCGUGCAAAAUAAAACUUUUCAGGUACUGUUCUUACUCAGGAAACACGACAGGCAAUGAUAAGUUUCGUGUGAAUACAGAACAAAACUUUGGUCUUGCCUCAUCAAACGUAAUGGCCGUAAAGUACAGAAGAGUCGCCAACCUGAAACUCGAAUAAUUUAUGAAAGGAGAAUUAUAUAUACAUUUGUCAGAAAGCUCAACGGAUUUUUUUAGUGAAGCUUUAGAUCUUUCUACAAAUUGUUUCGAAGUUCAUUCAACGCGGAUAUGAUUCCGGAAAAGUCGUGUCUCCAGCUUCUAAAAUUCUUCCCAUAAUUGUGUGCUCUUGCCUUUGAACAUCGGCGUUGUAGACGACAAGAAUCGCCUCGAACCGCCGCUCUGUUUGGACAAAUCCAGUAUACAAAAUCUCAAGAGCAUCCGCUGCUUGCUAACUAAGCUAUUACAGUUGGUUCUAGUUCGGGUUUCAACGAGAUGUUCUCACGUUAUUGGAGUAAUUUUGAUCUGCUAAUGCUUAAUUUCCUUUGAUGCUUCAUCAACAAGGCGAUUGUUUCUUACUAAUGCACUUCAAUAAGUUACUCAUUACGGCUCAGCCAAUCAGGAUCUUGCGGACGCCAGCGUCCGCAGAAAUGAAUAAAGGGGGUUCUUUUUGCAGGCGUCCCUUACCCUCUCUCCCAAUCCCCCUCCCUUUUUCCCCUCCCCCCAAUCCCCUACCACUUUCAUCGCUUGCCCGCAGGUUAUUUAAAUUUAAAGCUGUCUUCUUGAUUUUAAUAUCGUAAUCAUAAUGCUCUGAACUUACAGACGUCACAUGGUAUGUCGGCCAGAGUGGUUUAGACCUGAGUAUCAUAUUGCUGAACUUAUGUUUUGUGAACUAGUUCAGGUGGCCCUCUUGCCAAAAUAAGUUGAGCCUUAAACUAUUAUGACCUGUUGAUACCCCAUUUCCCGCGAUUAUGCGCCAGUUAUAGGCCAGACGGGAAGAGGGAGGGGGCGAACUCCCAUACUGAGAAGUGUCGAGUAUGCUCGUCGUCUUGCUUAGGCCUGCACCAAACGUCGAAUUUCGCAUGAAACGAACCAAACUCUAAUUUGCGUCGACCUAAAUUAAGUUAAGAUCGUCUGUUUGGUCAGACGUCGAACUUGAGACGCGUCAACCCAAUCAACUAAAUCAACCUAAAAAGCAAUUUUAAUAAAUUUUCUCUCGAACGAGGCUAAAUAUACAUUAUCACACAAAUUUUUAAUUCAUUAGUUUAGCUGUGAUCCUUCAGACGUUCCAUCCGACUGAAGCGACGGUUAGAACAUGUUGGACGAUCCAAACUCAUUCGGACGAACUUCACUGCGCCAGACGUCGAACUUUGCAUGAACUUAACUGGCUAAGGGCGCUUUCCAUUCAACCAAAAAGUCCGGUUUGAAUUUCGGCAACUUCCAGUAGCUAGUGGAACAGCAUUUUCCAAAAUUUCCAAAAAGAGGACAACCUCGCGAGGUAUACCCAAAUUUUCAGAAACUUUUACCGGAAGUUUUCUUUCCAUUCAACUUUGCUCCCGGAAUUUCUAAAAUUUACGGUUGAAUGGUUCGCAUUUCGGAAAUUCAAGAGUUUUUUUUUCCGAAAGUUUUGGUUGACUGAUGGAAACGCCCUAAGUAAAAAGUUCGACUUUUGGCCAAGGCCCUAGAGGUAAAAUAAGGGUGUUCAGCCGGGAUGGAAAGCUACGAUUUUAGCCCGUGCAGCUAUCGCUUAGGGUAGCUUCAAAAGAAUAUAUGCAAUGAAAACAAAAUACCGUAAGACUGUUUUGAAGACAGCAUUGAAUGCUUACACCCCUAACGCAAUUUUAAACACUAAAGGUCUCAGUUUGUUUCGGGAAUUGUUUUCCUGCCGCAUCAAAGUCUCUUUAUUGGUCAGGAGUAGACUGCUUGCAGCCCGCCUUUUCUCUUAAAAUACGUCUAGUUUUUCUCGAUUGGGUUUCGCGUGCAGUAACUUUCCAAAGAAAAACAAAUAAAGCCUAAGCCAUCCACGGCCACAUUAAUGCCGUUUAGAGAUUUAAUUCGAAUUUUCCCACGAACUUCCCCGUCCCUUCCAUAGAAGAAUCUCCCCGACGGGGGGGAGGGGGGAAGGGGGGAUGAUAGCAGUUCCAUGAUCUUGUUUCUUCAUUAUUAACUUUCUUCUCGUUUGUGAUGAUCAAGUGAUGUUCAAGACACCCAAAUUGUUGUCUUUCUUUGCAGCUUGCCAGAAGAACGUUUUGCCACAGGGGGCUAACUGUACUGUCACAUGUUGUAAGGGUGACAUGUGUAAUCAGCAAUCUUCUGAAGACGCUACAGUUUCACCCACUCCAAAAGGCACAGAGUCGACGACCACUGAGCCAGACACUAAAGGUAUCUUUGUUACAGAAAUCAAGUUAUUAGAAACCUUUAGGCUCUAAGUUAAAGGACGGCUAAGAGGACGAGAUUGUCUUAAUAGAGAUAUUAAGAUUCACAUCCUCGAAUGAGAGUAAGCAAAUACGCAGGGAGGGGGGGGGCAAGGGAGGGGAGUUGUUUUCAAGGAAACCAGUCUUCGUGCCGGUAUGCGUCACGUCUCGCGUCAGUAACUUUUAAAAUGGCCAGCAAAGUGUUCGUCGAAGAGACGGAUCAAAAGUUCGAAUUUUUCACGGAUAUACUGUUCCGAUUUCUUAAAUUUGGCAUGUUAACCCUCGGACGUAUAACCCCCUCCCCCCAUAAGGUUUUUCUGAGUUUUUUCCUAAAGAAUAAAACAUCAGUACCUGACGUUUUCAGUAGCUGUUCAUUCAUCCCUCACGCACAUUUUGAGACAAGUUUAGUGAUAGUCAGUUGCUAUGGUUACGAUUUAUGACGUCAUAAGAAGCAGGUGCUCAAGCCAAUUUUGGGUGAAAAUACAUGUUUUUUCAAGUUAUCUUAACAAUAAAAGUAAAUCUUGUGCCUAAAAUCAUGCAAAGUGCUUAUUUAUGUGUUAUUUUUUAAUAAAAGCAAAAAAAUUACCAUUUCUAGCGGUUUUAACUUGAUUUCUUCUUCUUGGUAAAAUCCAAGAUGGCGACCAUUGUUGGUGACGUCAAAGGCCUCCAGAAGCGCCACUACCCCUAAAAUAAAAAUAUACCUCAUCUUUUUAAGAAGAUCAAAGGCUUCCCACUAAAGGUAAAAUAACAUAACAUAUCAAAAACUGGGGAGGGGUUCUAUCUACCACCCCCCCCCCCUCCCCCUUAUACCACGGUGGGGGUAUGAAUUUGCGUGUUCGUCCGAGGGUUAAAAUCCCUAUUGUCAUUGAAGACCAGUGUUUGGUACUUUUUCUCGUAUGAAUUGUCCAGUGGUGUAAUGAAUUUUAAAGAUUCCUUUCUAUCAUCGAGCAAAUCUUCCGAGCAUUCAUUUCGACCGGUCAUACUUAAAGGCCGGUGCAAUCAAUCAAUCAAUCAAUCAACUUUAUUUAAGCACGGUAUAUGGCUCAGCAAGCUGGUUUUCAGACAUGCCGUGUGAUAAUUACAAUUUAUAAAAAUUAGGACGAGUGAUUAACUAACAAUAAUUAGCACAAGAAUUGACAAUUUUAUCUGUUCCUAUCGACUGUCAUAAACGUAACUAUCUAGCUUAUAUGGUAAUCAAGACUAAUAAUAGUGGUAAAAAAAUUAAUAAUUUGAAAUACAAUAUAACAGCAAGAGAUGAGUAUUAAGGAAAUAAGAUAAAAAAACAUACUAAAAAGUUAUAUCUUCAGAAAUGGCGAGUUUAAAGCUAGUAAGAUCCCCCAUCUCACGUGUUUUAUUUAACAGUUGGUUCCAAGCCGUUGCACCCCGAUAAGUAAAUGAACGCUUAAGAAAAUUUGUUUUAGGUAGUGGUAGUUGGAGAUCAUAGUUAGAACUCCUCAAAUUAUAGUCAUGAAUUUCAGAGGCUCUAUGAAACCGCUCCCAAGGUACGUCGGACAAUUAUUAUUGAAUAUUUUAAACAUCGUAACUAAUAAGUGCCUUUUUCUUCUUCUAAGUUUGACCACUCUAAAGAAUUUAGUACAUCUGAUGAUCUGAUAGAGUAAUCAGCCCGAGUAAUAAUCCGCACAGCGAGAUUAGAGAAUAGGGGUUUCAUGAAAGGAUAUACUAGACUUAAAGUUACGUAUUUUCUACUCUUCAGAGUAAAUGGAUCCCCAUAUCAAUCCCUUCUAUUUAUGUCUGUAUUUCUACGUUUUAACAACCAUAUUGAAUUUCUCAUGCAAAGUCUUACAGUUGUUCGUAAUAUGCAAAUCAGUAUCGAAACUCGCGUAAUUUAUACACCGACCUUGGGCCGCCUGUGGGCUGUUUGAAGCAGAUUUGAUGUUUUAAGCACCUUUUUUUGCAGGAAAAUGUGGAUGUAGUCGUUUCUGCAGCAAGUAACCCAAACAAAAUUUAACAAUUAACUACAAUACAAUUGUAGUUUUUCCUUUUUUAGAGGAACUACCAAACAAUUUUCAAAAAUGCCUGCAAGAUUAACACAACACGAUGACAACAGCAAAAUAACCACUGCAACAAUUUAGCUCGAAGGAUUAAGCAGAAGCAACAAUUUGUAAUCAAUUCAAAACUGCCCUACAAUCAAUUUUUCAAAAAGCCAAUAUUAAACAGCGCAAAAGCCCACAAAUAACCACACAAGAAACCAAAGUUAUUAGAAAUACGUUAUCGCAAAACCUCACGAGGCCGUUAAGGGUCAGAAGUAAGAAUAAAGGAAAACAAGCGAAAGAGAAAAAUAGGAUUAAAAAAUAAAAAAUGAACAGAAAAAAAAUUACAAUAUCGAAAAAGAACAAAGCUUGGUUUAUCUGCACGUGCAGGCGACUCCGAUACCAAUGUGCCACGGAGCCACUUAUUUUUGGGUGAAGUAAAUUUGUUAUAUCAGAAGCAUAGAACCCCGCAUUAGAACCAAUAACUUUGUCGCAAUGCUGGGGGUCUCUAGAUUGUCGCGCGAGUGCUCUAUAGGAAAACCUUGUAUCACGAUGUAAAUGAUGCGCUGCAAAAAGCAUUUACUGUUUUACGAGGUUAUAUAUGACGAAAAACGGAAUACAGUAUUAAACCCCAAAUAACAAGGACUGAGUUAGUUCCUCCUAACAAGACAAAGUCGACUACCAAUGACAUGCAUGCACCGUAAGGGAAGCGAUUUCUUAAAGUUGUUACUUCAAAAACGGUCUUUGGGUGACCAUUAGCUUAAAUAACCUUUAAAAAAUCAUUUACUAUCUAUCUAGAAUAUCUAGUAACACAUAUUUUCAAAUUAAAUUCACAAGUUUCUGAACUCGAAAGUGAAAGUUGUGUAAAAUUCGCUGACAUCUUCGCAGAAUGAUGCGUGUAAUAACAAGCUAGAACGAAACGCAAGUUAAUAAGACUUAGAUGCCGGCGAUCAUGUUUUCAACUAAGGUCAUCCCCAUAAAAUGUUUCGUUUCCCAUCGCCAUCCCUCUCGUGAAGGUGGGUCGGUCGGUUGGGCAAAAAAAAAAAAGAAUGGACUCAUUAUUGCAUAUUAAAUCUCACGUUUAGUCUGCAAGAUAUAAUCAGAUGGUAAAAGAUGUAUAUUAACAGGACUAUCAAAUGUCUAAAAAGGCUACAAAAACGAAGUAUCGAUGAUAAUUUAAGACAAUUGGUGUUAAUAAGACAAGAUCGUGUGCUUGUAAAUUAAAGUACUUGCUUUUUUACAAGUGAUUCUGGAGUUUUUUUGUUUUUUUGUUUUUUUUCUUCUCCAAAAAAAUGGGUCGGUCGGGCGAUGGGAAACGAAACAUUUUAUGGGGAUGGCCUAAUCAGAUGAAUGAACAAACAGAAAACAAUAAAGAGACAAAUUGUUUCCUGGAAAUGUUUAUUCGAAAAUGCAAAAGUUUACCGUUAAAGGGAAUUCACAUAACACUGACUGGAUCGUGCCGGAUCCGUUCGCACAAGUAAAAUCGGCUGAGCACAUGGCAAAAAUUAUAACGCUAAUAUUAUCUGUCUCAGAUCGGGCGCAUUUUCCAAUUCUUCUUGAAAACUCUAUCAAAAAUAUAUAAAACGUCCGUCUAUGAAAUAACAAUAACGUACUUUCUUUGAGCAUAAUGUGUAAAAUGUAAGUUUACUUAAAAAUUCUUUAAAAAGGUUGCUGACUUGGUCGCACUUCAGAAAAGGACUAUCGCGCUACGCCGUGAAAGAAACCAGGUCGAAGUCUCAAAGGAAAAUUUCGCAGCUUAAAACUUUUCUUUGACCCCAAAAAGAAAACAAACUUUUACAUGCCACACGUCUAAUCAAAACUGCCAUACAUGUGUUCGCGUACUGUUCUGAAUGAAUUUAGAAAUCUACAGUCACAAAAAAGCCGACUUCGCCCGCGUUGCACAACGCUUCUGCAAAGCUUGCCAAAUCAUUUUGUUUGUAGUCGCCAUGGUGGUUUUGCUGAAUGAGAACAGAAGUUGCAGAUAACUGCAGGGGCACCCAACGACAAUUUUCGGAAAAUAUCUGUUCGGAGGAGGAUUGAGAUCUAGAAUUUUCGGAACAUUUGUUGUAAAAUUUUUUGCUUGCCUGCCUCUCCUAGGGUUUUCGAACAUCUAAAAACUACUAUAGCUACCCAUUUUUAACGGAUUUUUACCCUUUAAAGGUCACCUAGAAUUUUCGUGAGCCUUUUUUCGGGCUGAAAUUUUCGAAAAGGUAAGUUUUGAUCCCUAUAAUUUUCGGAUCACUAGACUUUCAGCUAGGAAAUCCGAACAGAUGAAAAAUUUUUAGGGAAUUAACAUAUGCCUAUAUCUACCGUUUAAAUACUAAAAUACGUUUAACAAUGCUAUGUUUAAGUGGUUUUGAACUAUAUUCUAGUUGGGUGCCCCUGUAACUGGUUUGCCGUGGUGGAUAGGUUUACAGCUAGUAGCCUAAGGAUGAUCUUUGUCGGUCAAACAGGCUGCAGAUGCUUUUAGCUGAUUUCGGCGAGAGGCUUUGCGAUAUCGUGAAGAAAAAUGUAAAUAUCAUUGUCUUAUUCGUCGCUGGUCUAUGUUUUCAAGCCAUACCGCUUAUAACUUUGUGGCUCCUUAUAUUUUCGCAGGGUUGCAUUUUAUAGCAGCAUAACUAAGUUACUUUGUCUUUUAUGUCACGAAACGAUUUCUUUCGGUCGUAGACAUACAUGUAGUAAGCGUUGCAAGCUCAACGUUUUUAGCUUUUUUUCUGAUUCCAUAUUUAGGCAAAAUAAUUUUCCGUGCUUCUGAUUGGAAGACUGCGUCGGCUAAAAAAAACCCAGCAUUGUUUUACACUCAUAAAGGGAAGUUAGACGCUUCGGAAGGGGGAGGGGGGGCGUAUAUGCCUCUGGUUACAUCUAAAGCAUUUUUCUCUGCUAUAGACGCUGUUUGAAGCUGGUGGAGAUGUAUUUGAGGAAAAUUAGAUUAAGCGCGUAUUUCCAAGCCAUUUUGCAUUAUUUCUGGUUCAAGGGGCCGAUUGAUGUAAACAAUAGAUAAGAGACAGUCAGCAAAUCACUGAAUCAGAGACACAGAAAUCAAUCACACCAACUGUAAAAUUUGGUGGAGAAUUACGAAAUCAACAGAGGCCCACACUCCAACGUAUUGAUAUGAAGCUCAGUCGAUUUAAAGAAUAAACGGAAUAGAAACGUCUGUGUGAUCUGUGAAUCGAACCUCCUGUUCUAGAGACUAGACGUUGCCUAUUUUAGAGAAAAAAGAAACUAAAUUUUCAUGACCCUGCUGGUCCGGUAAAGAAGAUGGCGAUUAAGCAACUCGACCUGCGACACAAAUUAACAAAAUUAUACAAUUAGGGACACAAAAUACCAAGACGGUUUUAACAAGUGCAUGAAGGCAACAACAAACCUCACACAUUAAUGAUCAAAUUAGCUAUGUAUAGCAUUAUUUGUUCCAAUAGCUUGUUAUCUUUUCCCCGACCUCUCUUGUUCGAAUGAUCGUAUGGUGUCCCUUGCCAAUUUGCACAUGCGACCCGAAGUUCUCGCCCGUUACUAUGUGAGAUCACACUGGCACACGGGAUGUGUCAAGAAACUUAGUUGGAAAACAAUAGAGUCGUCAGUCCCCCCGGCCACUGCAAAAUACGACAGCGACUAUGUUGAAAGCAAAACAUGUUCCUUUGGACUGGAUAAAUGCAUGAUUGCAGACAUGAAAUACCGGAAUUUUAGACAAAAACGGCUCAAAUCCCCUAUUCUUUGCGCAUACUUAAAUCGCUGUUUCUGGGUUGAUCCAUACACUCCCCCUUAGCGUUUCUGUUCAGUCGUCCUAGGGCAACUUUAAUCUGUUUCAUAUUGGUUAGGGCAAUUUCUUAUUAUUUUUUUGCGGAAAUUUCUAGAUGCUUAAAUUGCAUACCUUAAAGCAAUUCUAUACUUAAUGAUAUGGUAUAUUUCUUAACACAGCUUCCUCGCUCAAGUGCCAAGCUUGUGGCUUCGGUGACGUUCCUUGUGAUGGGUCUAAUGCAACAAGCAUCGAGUGUGAUGCGUAUGCAGAUCGCUGUAUGACAGCCACGGUGGCUAUUGGACCAUACACCUCGGUGUUGAAAAACUGCUCACAUUCUAAGAUGAAUUGUGAAGAGAGUGGCGUUGGUUAUCGUAAGUAUUGCUGGCAGCUGCCACAUUUUGAGGAUAUUUCGAAUGGAUUUCAAAAACUUCAACCUCUUUUGGGCUGUGUCAACAUUGAAUGCAACAACACCAAAGAUGACUUCUAAUUGUAACCGAAAGGGAACACGAUAUCGAUCGCUUGACGAGCAAGAUGUUUACUCAAGCUUCCAAAAGAAUGCCCAAGUUCAAAACUGGGCCACCAACUGCCCAACAAAGCCUGUUUCGUCACAUUGUCUCUACAUGACCCAAAUUAUUGUGUUUCUUUGCAGCUUGCCGAAAGAGUGCUCUGCCAGACGGGGCUAAAUGCACGGUCACAUGUUGUAAUGGUGACAUGUGUAAUCAGGAAUCUUCUGAACAGCCGUCCACAGCGGAGCCAGUAACUAAAGGUAUCUUUGUUGUAGAAAUCAGGUCAUUAAAGACCUUCAUAUUCCAAGUUAAGGGACGACAACAAGGACGAGAUUUUCUCAAUAACAAGCAGUGCGCGUGCGUGAACUAGCGUUUGAAAAGGCGGGAAACGUGAUAGCCGUCGUCAAUUUACUACGGUCUACGGAAAAUGUCGCAUAUAGGAGGAAAAAAGUCAUCAAACUUGUGAAAUUUUAUUACUUGUCGAUUUGGAGAAAGAUUUUGCUCGUUGAAUAAAAAGUAAGCUUUAAUGAGCUCACUUUUCUGGUGAGGAAAAAGUAAGAUGAAACUUUCGUGGUUGUCUGUUUCUGGAUAAUACGAGAGAAAACUUUUAUAGCGAAAAUUAAUCUCGUACUAGUGCCUCCCCUCACAAUUAAUAGUGUUGUAUUACUGUUUUCACAGCUCUACCUUCCCGUCAUAAUCAGUUAGUAAAAACUGCAUUUUUUCCUCACCCUUGCGGGGUGGUGCUUCUGAUAAAGCUCGAACCAAUGUUGAUAAAGAAAAGUCUACAGAAUAAAGCAAGCUGCAAAACAUCUACGUCAUAGUCCAAGAUAGCGAACCAGUCAAAUUGCUCUAAACGCCGAGAUCACCGACCUGCAAGGGUGAAUAAUGAGGCUCUUUUUGGGGACGGAAAAGACUUAUAUUUUCCGUUACCAUAUUCCAGUAGUCUGACAACUGGUUGCGUGAGUACCAGAGAGCAAGCCCUCGAUGCUGUCUUCUAUGACUGGUGUAGUUAUAAUUAAAUUCCGACCCCGCUCUCCAUAGAACCUCCAGUAACUCAGUGCCUAGAGCAUCCGAACUAGAACUCGGAGAGUCGUGAGUCCGAUUCUCAUCUGGAGCGCGGAAUUUUUUCUGAGCUUCCUGGUUUCAGAAUUCUCAAUCUUCCAAAUUAAUAAAAAAAUAAUGGCGCACACCCAAAGUUGGAUUUUGUAAACACGUGGAAGAAGCCAUCUCAAGAUUUAAAAAGAUGACUCGAACAUUUCCCUGUGCAAGAGUUGACACUGGAAGCAGUUUUAGUCAAAUUCCCUACUAUAUAACGUAUGGAUCAUCUAAGCAAAGUAAAACCCAUCCUACCCAAUUCCCCAGUGUCAAACGUUCCAAAACGCCCUGAGUAAUCAGGCGGGAAUACCCUGGAAGAGUGUUGUUGAAGUUAAAUUUAACUGGCUCCUUUUUUUUUCAGCGUCUAACAUCAAGUGUCCGGUUUGCACCAAUAUUCCGCACAUGGGAGCACGCAAAUGUGACAACUACUAUGUUGAAAGCAAAACAUGCCCCAUGGGCCUGGAUAAAUGCAUGACAGUGACAGGGCAGAUGAAGGAUGUGGUUGGUGCUGGUGUAAACUUCCCGACAAAAUUUGAAGUAAAAAACUGCUCAAACAGCCUAUUAUGUGAAGGAGGAAGCGAUUUGAACAGUAAGAAAAGGACAACUGUAUAGCUUUAAAAUAGCUACAAUGGAGAUUUAAAGUGUUGAAACCUAAUUCCUGUGAUAAUAGUAAAACUAGCGACCUUCCCCUCCCGCCCUCACCACCCCAAAUAAGGUUGAAGUUUGAACAAAGUGGGGGCAAAUGAGCCUUUUUUGCUAGGGGGUGGGGGGAAGAAGGGGUGAGCCCCAAGAUGAUAAAAAGAAAAUUUGCUUGCAAGGUGCGCCAGUGGACCUGGGUAGUUUUCCCAGGAAUAUAACUUACUGUAGAGCAAUUAAGCUCUUGCGCUAAAUUUCAAUGGCCGCAAAGUCUCUUUUCCAUAUUCAAUAAGGGUUUUCUUCAACCCUCCCGCCCCCUGUUAAAAGGAGAGUUUACUUCUUAAUGGACAAUUCCAUUAAACACUCCAUCCUUGAAUGCUGUAGAGUAAAACAUUGCUAAACAUUGUAAUUUACAGAGUGGAUUCUUAUUUUUUUUACAAAACGUUUUUUUCAGUGUGCAAGAUUCUCAACUCGACAGGCCUCGUUAAAUCUUGCUCAGUGAAGUGUGUUUCACCGACCGUUACACGUCCCUCUCUUGCCGGUGGACCCAAGAUGAAUUUUACUUCGGUUACACCACAAGUACCAGAAAGUAGGUCUAUUUUACAGUCCGUCGAACUCUGUUUUUAUUCAAAAGUUCACCUAUACCUUCCUUGUGAAAAGGGCUAAAAAGAUCUGCCAUUUCGUAUCAACUCAACCUCGUCCUCAGCUUUUCUCGGUUAACGCUUCAACAAUCUGGCAAUUUUGCUGCACGAUUGACAUCAUCAGUAUCUUCCAAAUUUGGUCAACAGUAGCUGGUUAUGAUAAAUUAUGCGUGUGAUUUUAGCCAAUCAAAACGCAGAAAUAUUCUGAAAAAUAAUAAUACUUCUUCUUUUGUCUUUUAGUAGUCAAUCAUCUUCCGGUGUUGUCAGCCCAACGUUCGUGGGGCAGAAACGCGUGACGAACCCCUAAGAACGUCUGCGAGGGAGGCUAUGAAAAAUGAGGCUCUGUUUGGGGACGGAAAGGACUAAUAUUCCUUUACCUUAUCCCAAUAGUCUGCCACCUAGUUGCCUGAGUACCAUCAUAAUAAUUAAAGUGAAAUGGUUGGGAAAACCUUUGUUGUAGGCUGUUUUUGUUAGCUUUUUUGGCCCUGACCCUGCACAACGUUCAAUAGCAUUCCUAUCAUUUUGAAGUUAUUGACCAACAGAAACAUUGCAUUAAAUUAUUCAGUUAUAAUAUGUGAACAGGAAACAAAGGAUUGUGCACAGUCAGGGAGCUUCCAACAUAACCUACAGAACCAUUGUUUUCAACAUUGAUGUUUGCCGGGUUUUCUAACCAGUCUCCUCUACUAACUAUGGUACCAUCGAGUAAGUCCUCGAUGCAGUCCUCUAUGACUGGUGUAGUUACAAUUGAAUUCCGAUCCCGCUCGCCAUAGAGCCUCUAGUAGCUCAGUGGUUAGUGCAUCUGAACUAGAACUCGUAAGGGCCUGCGUCCGAUUCUCACCUGGAGCUCGGAAUUUUUUUCUGAGCUUCUUGGUAUCAGAAUUCUCUUUCUUCCAAAUUAAUGAUAAAAUUCAGUAAUGGCGCACACCCAUCGACCAAAAGAGGUUAAAGAGUCUUCUCAAGAUCAACAAAGAUGACUCGCCGAGAACAUUUCCCUUUGCGUUGCACCUCUGUGCAAGAGUUAACACUUGAAGCAGUUUUACUCCGGUUCCCUACUAUAACCGGCUAAGCAAAGUCAAACUCAUCCUGCCCCAGUGUCAAAUAUUCUCAAAUACCCUGAGUAUACCCAGCGGGAGUACCCUGGAAAAGUAUUGUUAAAGUUUAAAAUUGAGUGGCUCCUUUUUUCAGCGUCUAACAUCAAGUGUCCUGUUUGCACCAAUAUUCCACACAUGGGAGCAAGCAAAUGUGACAGUCUCUAUGUUGAAAGCAAAACAUGCCCCAUUGGACUGGAUAGAUGCAUGACCGUCACGGGGAAGGCGAAGGAUGUGGUUGGUGCUGGUGCAAACUUCCCGACAAAAUUUGAAUUAACAAACUGUUCCAACAGCUUCUUAUGUGAACCAGGCAGUGAUUAUAACAGUAAGAAUAGCAAAACUGUAUAAGCUUUAAAAUAGCUGCAAUGGAGAUCAAAAGUGUUGAAACCUUAUUCCUGUGACAAUAGUAAAACUAGCGACCUCCCCCCCCCCCCCCCCCCCCCCCCCCCCCCCCCCACAAUAACAAAACAAAUAAUCAAAAAAAAGGGGAAAAAAAACCUUUUUUUUUUUAAGGGGGGGGGGAAGAAGGGGGGGGAGGCAAGAGGAAAAAAAAAAAAAAUGCAACACGACGAAGUGCGGGGAGGGAGUGCUAUCAGAGGCAAUGGUAUUCAAAAAAACAUACCCACCUGUUCUAUUUGGAACGUGGAAGAGGUGAUUAAAAAAAAAAAAAACAAAGAUUGAAAAUGUUAAAAUAAGCGAAAAGGGAUAAAAAAAGGUUUCAACCUUUUUUCUUGGGACACACAAAAAAAAACCCCCCCCCCCCCCCCCCCCCCCCCCCCCCCCACUAUUACCCAAAAUAAGAAUGAAAUUUGAACAAAAUGGGGGAGAAAUGAGCCUUUUUUUGCUAGGGGGUAGGGGAACGAAGGGGUGAGACCCAAGAUGAUAAAAAGAAAACUUGCAAGGCGCGCCAGUGGGCGAGAGCUAAUUUUCCCAGGAAAAUAAUUAUAACUUACUCUGGAGAAAUUAAACUUUCGCCGCUAAGUCUCAUGUCCAUGUUCAAUAAGGGUUUUCUUAAACCCACCGCCCCCCUAUUAAAAGGAGAGUUCACUUCUUAAAUGGACAUUUCCCGAAUACUCCAUUCUUGAAUGCUUUAGAGUAAAACAUUGCUCAACAUUGUAAUUUACAGGGUGGAUUCUUAUUUUAUUUAAAACCCUUUUUUAUUUUCAGUGUGCAAGAUUCUAAACUCGACAGGCCUUAUUAAAUCUUGUUCAGUGAAGUGUGUUUCACCGAUUGGUACACGCCCCUCUCAUGCGGGUGGACCCAAGAUAAAUUUUACAUCGGUUACACCACAAGCACCUGAAAGUACGUUUAUUUUGUAGAAAUUACGAUAACCCUUUUUUGUCACAUUUAUUUAUUUUUGUGAUUGGUAAUAUUAUUUUAUUUACUUUUUUUUUUUUCGAAACUUAACGCUGGGCCCCGAAUAAAGGCCGGCUCCUCGAGAGGAAGCUAGUUGUAAAUAUGACCAUCAAAUAAAUCUUUUUAUCUAGCCGUAGUUUUAAAAACGUUAGCGCCCGAAGUAGCUAUUAUAAAAACAAAGAGUGCAACCAUUGCUUUUUUUUUUCUCCUCUCCUUUCCUUCUCCUAGUAGAAGUGGUGGUGGUGGUGGUGGUGGUAGUAGUAGUAGUAUUAGUAGUAGUACCAGUAGCAGUAGCAGUAGCAGUGGCAGUGGCAGUGGCAGUGGCAGUGGCAGUGGCAGUGGUAGUGGUAGUGUUAGUGGUAGUGGUAGUGGUAGUGGUAGUGGUAGUGGUAGUGGUUGUGGUAGUGGUAAGGGUAGUGGUAGUGGUAGUGGUAGUGGUAGUGGUAGUGGUAGUGGUAGUGGUAGUGGUAGUGGUAGUGGUAGUAGUAGUAGUAGUAGUUGUACCCUCUUUCAGUACGCCUUUAUCAGCCAAUUUAUCAGCCCUGUUAGCAAUCAGCGAACUCAACCAAAAAUGCCCCAAUAACUACGCUAAUAUCAUAGGUGACGAAUUACUCCUUAAUUUUGGCGCAAAAUUUCAGCGAUAAUUUGUAAUUUCACAUGUGAAAUUACAAAAUUGCCAUGGCAACCUUCCGUACGUCUCAGUGUCAAGAUGGCGACGAAGUUUCAAAAUCUCAUGAACGAAGAUGCCAGGGCAUAAAAAGACGCCUUAAAAAACCUAAACACAAGAAAGAGUACAUCAAGAAGGAUUCUAUCAGGUAUUUUGUUGAAAAAUUCUGAACUUAAGCCCAAUUUAAGCUCUAAACGUUCGAGAGAGGGAAGUUUUCGAUCGAUGCGAUCCAGGAUAAACAUGUCAAAAAUCCAAGAUUGCUAACGUAAUUCGUCACCCAUGAUAUUAAUAGGUAAUCAAAUGGUAUACUCGUGAAAUUAGGAAUAAUUUCACUAUAAUUUCACUCGUCACCAUUUGAUUACACAUACUAAUAUCUAAUUAUUAAAGCUGGCUUUCUUAUCAUCUGAAGAUUAUAUAAUAUAACUAUGGAGAUCUCGGAGGGUGUUAUCCACCGAGGCCGUACCUCCAUCGCAUCGAUGUUAAGUUCCUCUUCAAUAGUGCACAUGUUUAUCGGCAAAUUUAGGAGAUAAAGGGUUCUUCAGUUCUGCAAAUAUUCUCCAACUAGUAGAUCUCUUCCGUCGAGUUUUAUUCUUUCUGUUUAUGCUUUGUUUUUAGCCAAAAGAUCACCUAUACCAUCCUUGUGAAAAGGGCUAAAAAGUUCCGCCAUUUUGUAUCACUACCAAAAACAACUCAACCUCGUCCCCAGCUUUUCUCGGUUAACGCUUCAACAAUCUGGCAAUUUUGCUGCAUGACUGACAUCAUCAGUAUCUUCCAAAUUUGGUCAACAGUAGCUGGUUAUGAUAAAUUAUGCGUGUGGUUUUAGCCAAUCAGAACGGAGAAAUAUUUUGAAUCAGCUAACAUUGAUGGGGACCUUGCCACUUCACUUUAAGGCCAGCAAAAGAUACACUGUUUUUGAAAAAGGACUUAAACAUUUUAUGGAAGGUACGUUCUUUAUUGGGGGGGGGCGGGAGGGCCGAGGCUUCGGAGGGGAGGGUCCUUAGUAAUUUUUUUACAAAUUGGGAAGGGCAAACCUGUUUUAUUCUCAGCCGGGAAAGGGUCACAGUUUUUUGGGCAAGGAAAAAUUACUCCAUGUCGCUUCUAUUUUGUAUAUACAAGCAAAGCUACCAGUCAAGAUUAAUCUAAAUUAUUUACAGGUGUCGAAAAAUUUAUAUAUGAAAAAACUAUCUUCUCCCAACUAACAUAAUUGUCUCUCUCGACCCGUGCCCGCUUUCGCCCAUAUUUCGACCUCGGAAAGUGAUGAGGUCAGUGGUUGCCUCACAUUUCUUAGCGGGGGCUGCUGAGGUUGUUGACGCUCCAUUGAAUUGUACAGCAAGCUGCCAAUGUGCGCUUUGAUCAUUGCGACCUUUUCAGCUUUUUUCCCUUUGAAGGUGAUCUUGUGAUGGGAAAAGUACAAGGAUAGCUCGUUCACCCUCAAAGACGACAGCUUAUCGGAGUUGUACAGUCCAGUCCAGUCAAUGUCAUUGUGCUACCAGUUUAGCCGUGCCAUUCGCUCCCUUUCAGUCUCCUCUUUCUUUUUCCCCUUGCGCAUUAUUAUCUCGGCAAGGUGCUCAACAUACUCAGCCACUAGCUUUUCGGGGACAAUGAAUUUAUCUGAAAACUUUCUAAUAGCCUCACUGUCUCCACUGACUACUUCACUUUCUUCUAACAAUCGCUUAAUCUAAGCUCGAGACCGGAAGUCGUCCGGCGAACGGGCAUUGGUGGGGUUUGCACUCCAACAUUGCAAAAUUGCAUUUCCCUCUUUCUAUUCCUCGUACAUCCUUGCCCAUUUUCAAGUUUUCACACCGUACAAUCACACGCCACGCAGUUAGCUACUUUGUGCGCAGAUGAACGCGGUUAUAUGAGUAACACUUCCAGUUUGUUAUUUUCACUUCCGGUUAUUUUUGUCUUGGAUAGGUAGGGGGGGAGGGUCAGAUGUUUUUGUUGGGUAUUUCUGAAGGGUCAUGCAUUAAUCCAUUCCAGGAAGUGGGAGGGCCACGACUUUUUUCGCCAAAAAAUUCUAAAAUACCCCGGCUCACCCCCCCACCCCCCAAUAAAAAACGUACCUUCCCUUAAACAGAAAAACACGUUAUGUAAUUAUACAAGGAUGGACACUAUAUUUAAAAAUUAACUAGACUGCCAAAAAAGUAAAGAAUACAAGGUUUCUUUGAAAUAAAUUGAAUGAUUUAAUUGCAGCACACUGUUUUUCUUUUCCUGACAUUUUAGGCGCUCGAAAGAGGGUUCGAGUUAGAAAUGUAGAAAUGGUCUGACGGGAAACAAAAAUUACUUCGAGUUAGCUAGGGUUCGAGUCAUCGGGGGUUGACUGUGUAUUUACGCUAAAUAUUGUAGAGCUCCAAUGGUAAGAUACACAGCUGUCAAUAAUAAAGAAUAAAAACCUCCUCAUAAAAAAGAACGUCAAAAAAAAAGGUGGUGGUGGUGGUGGUAGUAGUAGUAGUAGUAGUAGUAGUAGUAGUACUCUUCCAGUACGCCUUUAUCAGCCGAUUUAUCAGCCCUGUUAGCAGUCAGCGAACUCAUACAAAAAUGACCCAAUAACUACGCUAAUAUUUAAUUAUUGAACUCGGUUUUCUUAUCACCUGAAGAUUAUGUAAUGUAAUUAUGUAGAUCUCGGAGGGUGUUAUCCACCGAGGCCGUACCUCCAUUGAUGUUAAGCUACUCAUCGAUAGUUCUUGUUUAUUGGGAAGUUUAGGAGAUAAAGGGUUGUUCAGUUCUGCAAAUUUCUCCAAAUAGAAUAUGUGGUCCGCCGAGUUGUCUUCUUGCUGUUUAUGCUUUGUUUUUAGCCAAAAGUUCGCCUAUACCAUCCUUGUGAAAAGGGCUAAAAAGUUCCGCCAUUCCUAUCACUACCAAAACAACUCAACCUCGUCCCCAGCUUUUCUCGGUUAACGGUACAACAAUCUGGCAAUUUUUGCUGCACGAUUGAUAUCAUCAGUUUCUUCUAAAUUUGGUCAACAGUAGCUGGUUAUGAUGAAUUAUGCGCGUGAUUUUAACCAAUCAGAACGGAAAAAUAUUUUGAAUGAAUAAUAAAACUUCUUCUUUUGUCUUUUAGCAGGCGUUUUCAAGCUCAAUCAUCUUCCCGUGUGUUCAGGAACUAAGGGUGACCAAUUUGGUAAGUUCUACGUUCCAUCAAGUGGCAAGUUAGCAUCCCUAAGAUUGGUUCACCUGUACGGUUACGUGUCUUGUCAUCAGCGUUCAUACGGCCGCUGGUCUUACUGGGGAUGUGCUACCUCAAAAAUAAACAUUGUCGUAACCAACUCGACCAAUCACGUGAUUUUGCCUGCUGAACAGUUUAUUUCUGGUGAGACAAAUUGGUCGAAAAUUCCUGGAUAUACCUCACUUUCCCCUCAGAUUUUGCUAUCGGUUUUCUCCGAUCCUGUUGAGAUAACCGCUGGUGAAGAGUUACGCCUGUGGUAUGGCGAAGAUUUGGCGAAUAAAGACGAAGAUGAUAACGAAGGGAAGGUCUGUGCCGAUGUUUACGGUCUGUAUGUCUGA